AUGACGUGGCAGUGCCACGUGUGCGCAUCGCCAUGCGACGGCCGCAUUCGUUGCGGCGAGUGCGGCGUCGUCAUUUACUGUAGCAGGCGACACCAGGUGCGUGCCGUAGAGCAAGCAGCGGCGAGGGCCCGCUGGCGCAGCGGGAGAUGGCUUGCGCAGCUGCGCGGAACCAGCCGCGCCAUUCGCCCGUUCGCCCCCAGCCCCUGGUCCUUCACUGCCAUGCCCGUCAAAGCCCUCGCGGCCCACUGGCGGCAGCACUCCCAGGAGGGGGAGUGUGCUCGCUUUUCACUGCAGCUGCAGGGAGCACCGGCUGUGCUGGACCUGCCCUUCCCCUUCCUGCACAAGUCCGUCAUCCAGGUGCAGUUCGGUGCUGUGCUGUGCUGUGCUGUGCUGUGCUGUGCUGCCCAUCAUAGCACUCUUGAUACUUCACUGUUCACAAUGCAACGACCACAAUUCCCCACGCUGCUUAAUCUCCUCGUCUCCCUACUUCCUUCCCCAGUGGCAUUGCCCAUGCCUAUCAUGUGCCUAUCAUGUGCCUAUCAUGUGCCUAUCAUGUGCCUAUCAUGUGCCAAUCAUGUGCCUAUCAUGUGCCUAUCACGUGCCUAUCAUGUGCCUAUCAUGUGCCUAUCAUGUGCCUAUCAUGUGCCUAUCAUGUGCCUAUCAUGUGCCUAUCAUGUGUCUAUCAUGUGCCUAUCACGUCUAUCAUGUGCCUAUCAUGUGCCUAUCAUGUGCCUAUCAUGUGCCUAUCAUGUGCCUAUCAUGUGCCUAUCAUGUGCCUAUCAUGUGCCUAUCACGUGCCUAUCACGUGCCUAUCAUGUGCCUAUCAUGUGCCUAUCAUGUGCCAAUCAUGUGCCUAUCAUGUGCCUAUCAUGUGCCUAUCAUGUGCCUAUCAUGUGCCUAUCAUGUGCCUAUCACGUGCCUAUCAUGUGCCUAUCAUGUGCCUAUCAUGUGCCUAUCAUGUGCCUAUCAUGUGCCUAUCAUGUGCCUAUCAUGUGCCUAUCAUGUGCCUAUCAUGUGCCUAUCAUGUGCCUAUCAUGUGCCUAUCAUGUGCCUAUCACGUGCCUAUCAUGUGCCUAUCAUGUGCCUAUCACGUGCCUAUCAUGUGCCUAUCAUGUGCCUAUCAUGUGCCUAUCAUGUGCCUAUCAUGUGCCUAUCAUGUGCCUAUCAUGUGCCUAUCAUGUGCCUAUCAUGUGCCUAUCAUGUGCCUAUCAUGUGCCUAUCAUGUGCCUAUCAUGUGCCUAUCAUGUGCCUAUCAUGUGCCUAUCAUGUGCCUAUCAUGUGCCUAUCAUGUGCCUAUCAUGUGCCUAUCAUGUGCCUAUCAUGUGCCUAUCAUGUGCCUAUCAUGUGCCUAUCAUGUGCCUAUCACGUGCCUAUCAUGUGCCUAUCAUGUGCCUAUCACGUGCCUAUCAUGUGGAGCAGGGGCGACACACCAUGUGCUCCUUCCUCUCAUCCCUCCACCUGCAUGCCCGGGGUCCCUACGCUGCCCUCUGCGGUCCUCCCUCACGCUGCUCACCCCUUCCAGAGCUUCUGCCCGCCACUGACGAGCGCCAGACUGCUCCACGCGCGCCCAGCAGUCCAUUAAUCAACUCCGCCUCUUGUGCUGCGUCCCCACCCACGACCCCUAUGGCCCUGCGGGGUCACCCCACGCUGCUCCCCGCCCUCCCGCCUCUGCCCUUCUCUCUGCUCUCCUGGCGCCACUACUACCUCUGGAGGGGCCUUCCCCUCCACUCGCCCGCUGCUCUGCUGCUGCACACGCCGCUCACCAUCCUCCUCGCCCUACACCUGCUUCUCCAGCCCGUCCCACCGCCUCCUCCUCCCCUCCCUGUCACCAAUCAAUUCCCGGGGCACACAUCUUCAGAAGCUGACGCGUUCUCAGGGACUGACGCGCCUUCAGGCAUUGCAGCUGGGAGGGAGCAGAGAGGGGAAGCGGAUCAGAGCCGAUGUGCAGAGGGGCAGCAGCAGUGCCAGCGGUGUGGGAUGAGAACUCGCCCCUCUCUCUGCAUCCACGUGCUUGGGGCGGACAGGGAGGCUCAAGAGGCGGCAGCACUGGCAGAGCUGAGAGUGCUGCUGCCUGGAAUGGACACGUGUGUGCACCUCAUUGGCCCCAACAUUUCCACGCACAUGCACGGCAAGCGCAUUCUCCUACAGCAUCCUCCCGCCUUUGAGCCUUGCGAGCCACACCCUGCCCAACCACAACCUGCCGAACCACAACCUUUCGAGCCACAACCGGCCGAGCCACAACCUGCCGAGACACAACCUGCCGAGCCACAACCUGCCGAACCACAACCUGCCGAGCCACAACCAACCGAGCCACAACCUGUCGAACCACAACCUGCCGAACCACAAUUCGCCGAGCCACAACCACCAGAAACAGCAAGCAUUGCAGCAGGCGUGGCAGUGCACUUCCACCGAGGCCUCUACCACCACGUGCUGCCCUCCCUUGCCUGCUCACCACUCGCUCCUCCCCAUUCUUCUGAGCUCGCCAACCCUCCCACCACUACUGCAGUGUGCCCCUGCACCUCACUGCACCACUCGCAGCACGCAUCACCUCUCCAUCACAGCGACCAGCCGCAGCAGCUGUCCCAUCGCCACCACUCUCAUCGCGGGCUACAGCCACGACGAAGCACAGAGAGCCAAGGGGGCAAGGAGGCAGGGAGGCGCCACAGGAAGCACAACCAGUCCGUCCUGCCCCAUCCCUCUUUCCACCAGACCCUCAUGCUGCGCCAGAGGCUGCCAGCGCUCAUCACGGACUUCAGCCACGAGGCAGCAGAGCGAGCCAGAGAGUCAGGAGGCGCCUCAAGGCAUGGGAAAGGGGGAGGGAGGGGCUGCACCACCCGCUCCCUCCCCAUCCGGUCAUUAUCGUGCUGCCUUCUCUUGUCCCUCUGCUCCAUCUCUCCUCUCCUCUCCCGUCAGGUCGUCAUGCUGCAGCACGUGCUUUCAGCACUCGUCACAGAUUUCACCCACCAGGCAGCAGCAGAGAGAGCUCCUUGCCAGACCCUCAUGUCUCGGCCCUCUCCGCCCCACCAGGUCCUCAUGCUGCGUCCUCAUGCUGCACAGUGGGCUGCCAGCCAGCACUCAUCAUGGUCUACAGCCACGAGGCAGCACAACAAGCCGGAGAGGCAGGGAGGCAGCACAGCCAGUACUCACAGCACCGUGCUGCCUCGUCCCUCUUCUCCCAUCAGGUCCUCGUGCUGCACAGUGGGUUGCCAGCCAGCACUCAUCAUGGUCUACAGCCACGAGGCAGCACAACAAGCCGGAGAGGCAGGGAGGCAGCACAGCCAGUACUCACAGCACCGUGCUGCCUCGUCCCUCUUCUCCCAUCAGGUCCUCGUGCUGCACAGUGGGUUGCCAGCCAGCACUCAUCAUGGUCUACAGCCACGAGGCAGCACAACAAGCCGGAGAGGCAGGGAGGCAGCACAGCCAGUACUCACAGCACCGUGCUGCCUCGUCCCUCUUCUCCCAUCAGGUUCUCGUGCUGCACAGUGGACUGCCAGCCAGCGCUCAUCACAGGCUACAGCCACGAGCCAGCAGAGAGAGCUCCUUGAUAGACCCUCAUGCCUCGUCCGUCUGCCCUCCCCCUCCGCCAGGUCCUCAUGCUGCAGCACAGGCUGCCAGCGCUCAUCACGGACUUCAGCCACGAGGCAUCACUGCGGGCUGCACCAUGUGCUCCCUCCCCUUCCUCCCAGCCCUCACAUCAUCUGCUACCUCGUCACCCUCCCCUCAAGUCCUCAUGCUGCGUGGGGGCUGCCAGCGCUCAUCACGGGCUCCAGUCCUCAUGCUGCAGCACAGGCUGCCAGCGCUCAUCACGGACUUCAGCCACGAGGCAGCAGAGAGAGCUCCUUGCUAGAUCCUCAUGCCUCGUCCGUCUGCCCUCCCCCGCCUCAUCAGGUCCUCAUGCUGCGCUGUGGGCUGCCAGCGCUGAUCACGGACUACAGCCACGAGGCAGCAGAGAGAGCCCGCGAGGCGCUCUGCUCGCUGGCUGCUGACGUGCAACUGGACCUUCGUGCCUCGCCCCCCUAA